AUGAGCACCAUUCCAGCUGAGCUUGGCAAGCUCACAGAAUUAUUUGAAUUAAAUCUUGCCAACAACAAUCUUGAGGGUCAUAUUCCUGCAAACAUCAGUUCUUGCAGUGCACUGAACAAAUUCAAUGUGUAUGGCAAUAGACUGAAUGGCUCUAUCCCUGGUGGUUUCCACAAGUUGGAGAGCUUGACAUACCUGAACCUUUCUUCAAACAAUUUCAAAGCCCAGAUUCCCUCUGAACUUGGCCGCAUAGUCAACUUGGACACACUGGAUCUUUCCUACAAUGAAUUCUCUGGGCCAGUUCCUCCCACUAUUGGUGAUCUCGAGCAUCUUCUUUGUCAUGUGGGGCCACCAAUAUCAGCGACGUUCUCGCGUGCGCAGCGCCAACGGUUCGGCGGAGCAAGCGUCGGCAACAAUCAGUGGCUAAAGUUUAGGAGAUUUAUUAGUUUGUUUCCUAAUUAAGUGGAGGCCUAGGUGCCUAUUCAUCCUUGUACCUGAACCCUUGGAGGAUUAAUGAAGAAUUACCAGCCUAAUCUCCUUCCUUCCUAA